GAGCAGUAGAAUCCAGCCUUUUGUCAAACGCCAUGAAGCAGCGCAAGUACAGUCUGCCUCUAAGCCCAGUUCUUCAACGAGGUCCUCCAUCUGCCGAGAGACUUCUGUCACCUGGAACACGCACCACUACUGCAGCGCGCAGCAGUGGUGUCACACCACGUGGCCCACGCAGGUCUCCAUGGUCAGCACCUGCACCUGCGACUCCAGAGAAACUUCGCCCCAGCGUGGCACCACGGGGCUGGGAGCGUGGCUCGUGUUUGAAAGACAAAAGCCCGCGCUGGGUCAAUGUGACAAGCGGAGAGAGCUUGGCGAGAAGUGGAGUAGGUGAAGUAGAUGAGGUGAAGAGCUUGAAGAGCAAAGUGAAAGAGAUGACUUCCAAUCGGUCCGAUUUGUUGGCCUCUGAAGUCAUCGAUUGGAAGGAGAGCGAUGCUGAACAAAGAUUCUGCAAAGAUUCUCCCAUGGAGGCGCAGCUCGUCGACCCAAAAACAGCCCAGUCCGCAAAGCCGGAAAGCUGGGCAGACCAGUGCCGAGCAGUCAGCGACCUCAUGAAGCCAUUUCGGGAGUCCUUAGAGGCCCUGCAAGGAGUUGGGACCCCAAAUGGAGUGUCCGCUCCCAACUUCUCUGCAAAGCCUGGUGUUCUCCGUCAAUGUCCGCUGAUGAUUGCGGCUGUCACAGCUCUUCAGAAGGCGUUGGACAGCCCAGAGAGGACCGGCAAUGAUGAUGGAGGCACCGGGAAUAGCUCUCAAGAAGUUGGCGAGGAGGCAAGACUGGCAGAAGUGAAGGCCGAGAUAGAGGACUUGGAAGGACAGGUGUUUGUGUUGGAGCGUGGCGUCAGGGCAAAAGACCUGGAGGAGGUGGCAGCUCAAUUGAGAAGCCGUGUGGCAGAAUUACGAGAGGAGGAGGCCCGCUCAGCUGCUUUGAGGGAAGAAUGCCGAGAGCUUCGCUUGCAGAUAGCAGAGCUGGUGGCCCAUACACUGCCAGAUGAAGGCCUCAUACAACGUUCUGAACUCCAAGGACGUUUACAACAAUUACAAAUAUCGUUGACAAAAAGACAGAUUCCGAAUAGUUGCAGAUUCACAAUUAUAAUAUAUUAAGAUAUGAUGAUAUGAUAUGUUUUGCUCGCCGUACGACGAGGCACGUGGCAAAGAACCUAAGAACAUCAUUCAAAACCGCCAAGCACAAAGGAACGGGGAGCAGGAAGGCAGAGAAGGAACAGGGAGC